UACUACAGACCAGGGCUGAUACAGAAGCUGUACUUGGGAAGCAGAAUUCAUUUAAGGACUGAAAUAAUUAAACAUACAGCCAGAAGUUUAGCUCUUUCAAGGUUGAAUCUACCAUUUGGACAACCAGAAGCUAAUUUGUCACUGUAGCAUUUGGAGGGAUUUGUUCUAAGUAGGGGACUGUUGUACUUGUCUGGUGAAAAUCUUAUGUCCAAGUUCAGACACAGGCAAACUUUGUGUAUCAAACAGAUUUCAACACUGUCUUCUCCAGUGGUUUAAUUGUUUUAUUUUUCCUAUGUAAUGGAUCUAGCCUUGAUCUGCUGUCUCCUACUGUGGAGUUUCCCUGCGGAUGCAGCACCUGCUGAGGAUAAGAUUACAUUCCUGCCUGGGCUGCCUAAGCAGCCAUCCUUCAAUCAGUACUCAGGAUACCUGAAUAUCUCAGGGGACAAACACCUUCAUUACUGGUUUGUAGAGUCUCAGCAGGAUCCCAGCUCUAGUCCUGUUGUCCUAUGGUUAAAUGGAGGUCCAGGAUGCAGUUCUCUGGAUGGACUGCUAAGUGAGCAUGGACCUUUCCUGCUCCAGUCGGAUGGCAAAACCUUAAAAUAUAAUCUCUUCUCUUGGAAUAAGAUCACAAACGUUAUAUACCUAGAAUCCCCUGCUGGUGUGGGCUUUUCUUACUCUGAAGAUAAAUAUUAUGCAACAAAUGAUACUGAGGUAACUAACAAUAACUAUCUGGCGCUGAAGGAGUUUUUUUGCCUUUUUCCCGAAUUCAGUAAUAAUGAUUUUUACAUAAUGGGAGAAAGUUAUGGGGGAGUUUACGUCCCAACUCUCGCUGUGAAAGUAUCUCUGGAUGACAGCAUAAAUCUAAAGGGCAUUGCUGUGGGAAAUGGUCUGACUAGUUAUACUAUGAAUUAUAACUCUCUUUUAUAUUUCUCUUACUAUCAUGGUAUCAUUGACAGUCAGCUCUGGUCAGAACUGCAGUCAUUAUGUUGUAGUAAAGGAAAAUGUGCUUUCUGGGAUGUUAAAAAAUCAGUGUGUGAAUUGGUGGCAAAAAAAGCUUUUCAAUUAGCUAUGCCUAAUGGACUGAAUAUAUAUAACCUUUAUCAGCCAUGUGCCAAGGAAAUGGCUGGGGAGAUCAGGGAAGAAAAAGACCAUACUAUUGUCUAUCGCCCUGGAAUAUUUCCCCCCAAACUGGAGCCUCACUUCAGGGAGACCUUUACCCUUUUAUCAGGAAUGCCCUGCAUCAGCAGUACAGCUCUAGCUACAUUCCUGAACAGGCCCGAAAUUCGCACAGUCUUACACAUCGCAUCACAAGCUUCAACAUGGGAAGUUUGCAGUGAUGAGAUCUUUGCACAGUAUGGACGUGAAAUUGAAAGUGUAGAAGACCAGUAUUUGGAGCUUCUAAAGAAGAAAUACCGUAUCUUAUUGUAUUAUGGAGAUGUGGACAUGGCCUGUAACUUUCUGGGUGCUAACUGGUUUGUGCACUCUCUGAACCAGCCAUUGCAGGUUCAAAAUCGGCCCUGGUACUAUUAUGAGAAUGAGCAGAAGCAGAUUGGAGGUUUUGUAGAAGUCUUCACCAACCUUACCUUCCUUACUAUUAAAGGAGCAGGUCAUAUGGCACCCACAGACAAACCAAAUCCAGUCUUCACUAUGUUCAGCCGCUUUAUCCACAAUGAACCAAUUUAGUCAAUGUUCCCCUCUAUACAAUUUAUAGAACUAUGUAUUAAGCAAUUAUCUUCUGUAUUCUGCAUGUUAGUGUACUUGAUAUGAAUCAUUACAUAGUUGCUAAACAGAUUAGACAGUUUUUGUUGCUGCUUAGUGUUGUAAAGCAUCUUCUUCCUUUAUAGAAUAAUUCUGAGGGUAUGUAUGAAUCACAGACAUGAUAAACUGAUUUUGUCUUAACUAAGCUGAUAAAUAUAUAUGUGUAUAAAA